CGCCGAGUGGGGCCGGGGCCCUCCCAGCGCCGCCGCCCCCCAGGUUUCUGGGAUGUUGGAAGUGAUCGGACCAGAAGAUGGAUUUAUUUUACAAACCUUUACAGAAUCAAGGCCCAAUUGUAUAGAAAGGACAGAUGGCAUGAAGGAACAAAAGAAUAGAAAAAAUGGCAGAUUACAUGUGUUUGGUCCAAAAGAAGAAGUGGUUAUUGAACCAAUUCAAACAGCACCAGGCAUGGGAUAUGGAGCAGAAUCUGCCAGCAAAAUGUAUAGCUCAACAAAACAAAUCUCAUUAUGUGCAGCUAAAUCAUCCAUUGAAAAAUGGGAUGCUUCUGGCAAAAGUGUGAAGAAUAAGCAUUCUUCCAGGAAUCCAGAGACUUAUUUAAAACCACUUUGCAGUAUACAGAAAAAUACAGAAUUUCAUACAGAUCAGCAAUUAAAAACAGAUUUACACAGGCUGGAUGAAGAAACAAAGAUCAGUGAAGCUAGGAGAGAUAAUAUCAAAUCAGAAGCCAGUGAUGAAAAGGAGAAAAAUUCCCAAAUUGUAGAAAAGACAGCAAAUAGUAUUGAACUUCAGCCAAAUAGUGUUGAUAAUCACAGUUUUGAUGAACUGUCACAAACUACUGGUGAUGAUGAAAGCAUCAAUGAACAUAGCAAAAAUGAAAAUGGGAAAGGAAGUGCACCAAUAGAGUUGCUGGGAGAGUUCCUGAAAGCAAUAAUGGAUGGAAACUAUAGUCUAGCAAAAAAACUUUGUCAAAUGAUACUGAUCUAUGAACCAGAAAAUACUGAGGCCAAGCAGUUUCUUCCACUGCUUGAACAAAAACUGCUGAUGGAAAAUGCCCAGAACUCUACUGAUACAGAAAGUGAAGAAACUGAUGAAGGGAGUAGUGACGACAGUGAAGAGGAUACUACUAGCAGUUCAGAUAGCAGUGAUGAUGAGAAUGAAGAAAGUUCUGAUGAUUCUGAUGAAAAUAUGUAACAGUUCGGAAAGUUCUCUGUAUAUUGAGUUGAUUUUGAUUCUUCUUAUGUACAUCAUCUUUUCAAAUAGGCAUAUUAAAAUGCAAUGCUUAGUUAUAUUUUUUCUCUUGUACCACUGGAAAUUUUUGCAUACAAAUAGCCACCUUCUCACACAGUCCACCAAGCUAAGUCUGUUCCAUACAAUAUUUGUUGUAAAAAAAAAAUGGAUGCCUAUAAAUGUAAAUCCUAAAGCUUUUUCCUAGGUGAACAAUUAAGCAGGUCAAAAGUUAUGGUGUGCGUCACCAAUUGAGCAGAAACAUUAAUUCUUAUUGAGCAGUUUUGUGCUUUCAGAAUUGACAAGCUGCUGAUCUUCCAGAGUGAUUAUGUAAAAAUGCCUUUUGCAAAAUGCUGGCAAGGAGGAAGAUGACUCCCCACCCCCUAGAAAAUACAGCAUCUUAGAAAAAUCUAUUGGGAUUUGUUUUCUUGUUUGGCCUUAUUAAAUGUUGUCACUAUGGAAAUACCUGCUAAAAUUUUCUUCAUUUCUAUAUGCACAGUUUUAAUUUAUUUUGGAUUAUUACAGUUAAUAUGAUGUAAGAGUGUACAAUGCCAGUGAAAGUUUCUUGGUCAGAUUUUGAAAUAGACUUUACGUUAUGUUAAGACAAGUCAAUCAGAAAAAGUAGUAAAGUGGCAUAACAUGCACCAAUUUGGUAUUCAGUAAAUGCACAAUAUGAGGAUACCUUACACAUUCAAGUAGCAAAGAGCGCAGCAGAAAAGGCAGCAGACAUCAUGGUGUGAUGUAACCAGAGUCAGGAGAAAGUUUGCAUUCCUGUUCUGAACUAGUUUGGCUUGCAUGAAACACUGCAUGAUUGGGCCUGCAAUGUAAAAUUCACCAAAAAAAUUCAGCCAUUUCUGGUUAUAUCUACUUGGACCCUACUGCCAGAGACAGUCUGCAGUAGAAGCAGUUCUGAACAGUUUAGUUUGUAAGUGGAGAAAUGAAUAAUCUAUGCAGCAAAACUGCAGGGGUAUUUAAAUAAGGCAGAAUAAAUAAGGACUGAUUCCUGAGAGAUGCUGAACACCUUCAUUCUAAAGUUAAUGGGGAUGAAAAUGACUAACACCUUUGAGAAUAUGGCCACUAACUUAUUGGGAUUAGUUUUGGUGUCUGCUUCAAACAUACUAUACCUGCUUGUUCGUUUGGAAGUUGCUCUGAGAAAAAAACUGCUGGAUCAAAUCCAAAAAGUAGUCACAUACAUGCUUCUUUAACUGGAACAAAUCAUGGGCAUAUAGUCAUUCAUUCCUCCUAUAUUAUACAUACUUUGAUUUUUCUGGAAUGAUGUUUACAGUAGUGAGAGUGAUUAGUGUAUAUCAUUGAGAGGUGGAUUCCCUUCUAGCUCUGUAUCCUAAGAAAAAUACCGGAAAUGCUAGGUCAAAGUUUGGUUCAAAUUCUGUGCCAGUACAUCCACACUUUCAGAUGCAAAGUCUGUCUGGGAUGUCUACCAGAUACAGUAACUCAAAACAGUUUACAGUACCUGGGUGGUGAAGACUUGAGCUAAAGCUUGUUAUGGUAGUGGAAGAAACAAUGUAAUGACAUUCCAUAGACUUUCUCCUAGCUGAGGACCUACUAGUAGAGUUUUACCAACAUCUUUGCUUUCAGAUAUAUACUAAGCUUAAUGUCCCUUACUCCCUCACUGAGAUGUAUGCAAAUUACCAGCUGUUUAACAUCAGAAGCUAUCAAACAUCUAAGAAAGAUGCUGUGAGAAUUCUUACUAUAGUGCAGUCACUUUCUCAUGACACAAUUUCUGAUGAGCAAAGGGAUCCCAAGAUUAUUUUUCAUCAUAUUAUCAUAAGUGAUGCAGUGGUUUGUAUGUUCAGGCACUUACCACCAGACUGCUAAUGGUCCUUUUCUGCAGCACUAUCAGUUUCAAAGAAUCUUAGUUACAUAAGCACAGUCAAAGAGCCAGAAAGGUACAAGUAACCAAAAACAGUGCAUGUAUCUUGAGAGAUGUACUUAAGUUGAUUGGCACCUAAAUGUAGAAAUAGUCAGCUCUCUCUUGCUAGAGGUAACAGUGUUAUCUUGAUUAAGUCUGCAGAAAGUGUCUUUUCCAGUUUUCCUUGGGUGCAUAGUAUGCUAUUUAAAAAAAAAGGUGCAAGAUCUUUUUUGUGUAGUACCUUGUGUUGCUGCAGACAGUAUAAAGAUACAUUCAAGAUUUACUCUGAAUGUUAUGUUUAAUAAAGUCUAAUCAUGAAAAACAGUCACAGUUCAAUAUAGUACUUUGGGUUAAAGGAAAAGAAAUGUCACAAUAAACUGCUUUUUGUUUCA